CCAUAUCACAUCGUUUCAUACUCACAAUGGCGAAUGACACUUCUACUACCGCUGUGGCAGAGUCCUAUGUGGACGGACUGACCACGUUUGAGUCGUUUGACCUUGACCCACGCCUCAUCCAGGCGAUCAAGCAGCAGGGGUUCAGCAACCCGACGCUCAUCCAGGCUAAGGCCAUCCCGUUGGCGCUCCAAGAGAAGCGUGACAUCAUCGCGAAAGCGUCCACCGGCUCGGGUAAGACUGCUGCAUACUGCAUUCCGAUCAUUCAGAGCAUCUUGGAGGAUUUGGCCAACCAGAGCGAGCCCGAGCACGAGAUCCGUUCGAUCAUCUUGGUGCCGACCCGCGAGUUGUCCAGCCAGGUCACCCAGUUCUUGGAGAAGUUGUUGGUGUACUGUAACAAGGCUAUCAGUGUGGCGAACUUGUCCGCCACCUACUCGCCGCAGGUGUUGGGCCUGAUUCUCGCGAACAAGCCCGAGAUCGUGGUGUCGACCCCAGCAAAGCUCAUCGCGAUCCUCGAAGCGAAUCAGAGUGUCGUUAACCUCAAGCAUGUAAGGAGCAUGACCAUCGAUGAGGUCGAUUUGAUCCUCUCCUACGGUUACAUGGAUGACCUUGACAAGUUAGAAAACUUCCUCCUGGUCAAAAAGAACAACCUCCAGAUUUUUCUCAUGAGUGCGACCGUCAACGACGACUUGAAUGAGCUCAAGGCAAAGUUUUGCACUAAACCCGCCAUUUUGAAACUCAACGACGACACCGCCAGAGACAAAAAACUUGUCCAAUACUACGUCAGGACCUCCGAGUUUGACAAGUUCUUGUUGACCUACGUCAUAUUCAAGUUGAGCUUGAUCAAGGGUAAAACAUUGGUCUUUGUCAACAACAUUGACAGGGGCUACAGGCUCAAGCUCUUUAUGGAACAGUUCGGGAUCCGCUGCUGUGUGCUCAACUCCGAGUUACCGAUCAACUCCAGAUUGCACAUUGUCGAAGAGUUUAAUAAGAACGUGUAUAACCUCUUGAUUGCCACAGAUGAGACCAACGAUUUCACCGUUGAGCGUGAUGAGGACGAUGAGGAGAUGGAGGAGGCCAAACCAGAGGAACCAAAGAAAGGUGCUAAGAAGGACCGCGAGUACGGUGUUUCCCGCGGUGUCGAUUUCAGAAACGUCGCCUGCGUGCUCAACUUCGAUCUUCCAACCACCUCCAGGUCGUAUAUCCACCGUGUCGGGAGGACCGCGCGUGCGGGAAAGUCCGGCAUGGCGCUCUCGUUUGUCAUUCCCGGUAAAGAGUUCAAUAAGCACAAGGCGUCCGCACUCGCAUCAACCAAGCGUGACGAAAAGGUUUUGAAACGUGUGGUAAAGUCGCAGUUGAAGUUGGGCUUCGAGAUCAAGCCGUAUUCGUUUGAUAUGAAGCAGGUGGAGGGCUUUAGAUACAGAGCCGAGGAUGGUUUCCGUGCGGUCACCGCAACCGCCAUCAGAGAGGCACGGAUCAAGGAGUUGAAGAAUGAGUUGCUCAACUCCGAGAAGUUGAAGCGCCAUUUUGAAGAAAAUCCCCAGGAUUUGAUUUCCUUGAGACAUGACAAGGAGUUGCAUCCGAGCAGAGUCCAGACCCAUUUGAAGCGAGUACCUGACUACCUCUUGCCAGCAGGUGCCAGGAAGGACACCGCUCAUAAGAUCGGCUUCGUGCCAUUCCAAAAGAAGGUUGCCAAGAGAAAGGGUAAGAAGUCGACCAGAAAGUCAGACCCGUUGAAAACCUUCAAGGCGAGAAAGUAAGGAUCAGGUAACGUCUACUGUAAUCCGAACCUCCCGAGCUCUGCUCUUUUGUAUCAUAUGUUGUAGUAACCAAUACAGUUGUCUAAUUAGGUGCUCACAAAAU